ACCCGGCUUCGUCCAUAAGAGUGCAUCAUGUCAGAAGAGGAAUGUUCAUACAAUGAGGGUCUGUGUAUAGGAGCUCUGGUAUUGCCUCGGUCUACCACACGGACAAAUCAUUGUCAAUGGACUAUCGAGACGAAUCUCAAUCGGUUACUCUAACGGCUCCACGCGUUUCGACCUCCUGUUUUCCUCCCCUCUUGCUUUGCGAUCAAAUUCCUUUCUGGACGGAGAUGGACAAACAAAGAGAGAAAGGACUAAUUUCCAAACAACAAUGCCGUGAGUCUUGAAGUUUUGUGGAUUCGGUGUCUUUAUGUGCUUGCUCCUCUCGCUCUGGGAACGAACCGCUCACUCCCAUAUUCUCGGCUCCUCUGUCGGUCGCACUCUUUCGGCUUUGCAACGGGUGUAACACACACACACACACACCCGGGCUGAAAAUGUAGCACGGACGGUGGGAGUGAAGUUGUGCGUGCCAUGGUUUUGAAUCAUCGGAGGGAUUCGCGUUGAAUGCAGCCUGUUUGUCUCUGAGCAGAGGUCGCGUCGUUAAGGAAGAGAAGAUUCAUUCCAGUUGUGACCCCCACGACUCCUCUCAUGUUUGGAAAUCAUUUUACCCCGAAAGAGUAGGAUGCUGUAACUUUGGGACUUUUUCUCUGUUUUAGCCACAUGAGGACAAUAGUUUGGGAAUUUUCUUACUUAAAUGUUUGGUGUUUUCAUAUGGGAACUGUCAAUUUAAACUAAUAUCCAAAAUAAAUAGGCCAGCAUUUCAGUUUUUCCAUAUGGAAUUCUAGUUAAAUCCUUUACACAUUGUUUUCUUGCUCUGGCUGAGAGGACCUCAGCUUUUCUAAACUUGUGAGGGACCAGCGGGCAUGGGAGAGGCGACUCCCGCUCAGUCUGCUGCUGGUGCUGCUGCAGGGACCUUCGUGCCCAUGCUGGGUGUCGGGUUAGGAGCCAUGCCCGGCGGGGUGGUCGGCAACGGACCGAUGGUGGCCACCUCCAGAGGAGGCUCCGCGGACCCUCAGCUGCACAACGCCAUCGUGGAGCGUCUGCGCGCCCGCAUUGAGCAGUUCAGGAGGCACCACUCCACCUGCGAGAACCGCUACCAGAGGGGUCAGGCCGAGAGCACCGACCGGGAGCACGAAAACACGCUGCACCUGCUUAACAUCGUCCAACAGGGGCCCGGGAACCGAAAAAGCAAAGGGAGCCGGGGUUCGAACCAGCAACCUCCAGACUACAGCAGGGCCAAUGGGGAGCAGAAGGGAUCAGAGGGCGAGCAGAAGAUUUCCACCCGCAUAGCGCUUCAAGGAUCUUUGCGAAGGAAAAUGGAAGGAAACACACCAGGACUGAAGCAGAACGGCCUCUCUUGUGCAUUCUCAGGAUCCGACUUUAAGCGUGUCCGUUUGGACGCAAGUGGCCUGGGUCAGGGUUCCUGCAACCACAACUUAACCCACCCUCUGCAAGGGUCCUCAACCAUUGGCUUGCAAAGGAAGAACUAUAUGAUGCCCCAUGGAAUAGGGUCUGACAUGUUCCACAUGACUCUGAAAGAAAUGAAAAAGGAGCCCCAAGAGAUUCAGUCUUGUGGCCACUCAAACUCUGAGAUGAUUUUCGACUUCAAAGAUGAAGGUAGCGGGCAAAUUGACCCAGAACUCCAGGAGCUGUUUGAUGAACUGACAAAGUCCGUGCCUCCUCUGAAUGAUUUUGAGUUUGAGAAGAUUCUAAAGCAGGACGAUACCUUUGGUUUGGAUCUAGGUCGGCCAAAUUCAGCAGGAGCAGCAGCCACUCUGUGUUCCCCGGUGGACAAGGUGAUAAAGACGGAGCACUCGCAAGAUUUUGGACAGGGCCACAAUGGUUCACCGCAGCUUCGACCGGCCUCAGCAGGUCCCUCAUUCACAUUGAACAGCACCACCUCUACCAACACGUCGCAGAAAGGCAAUGCCCAGACCGGACACAGCAGAACCAUGCCCUGCUGGCCAGAAAUAUCCCACGCACAGCAGCUCAAGCAGAUGGCAGCAAACCAGCAGCAACCAGGUGCUCUUCUACAUCACCAGCACCAGACCCAGCAUGUAGGAAUGACCAGCUGGACUACAACCAUGAGCCCUCAACCCACCACCAGCAGCUUCGCCAAAGCAAAAGUCUCUAACCAGGCCACACUCAACCAGCAGAAGAUGGGCUCCCAUAAUAAAGGCAUCAGCAACUGCCUGUUUAAGUCAAAUGGGCACAAUGGCUCCCAUCAGCUAGACAUGAAAGGUCUCAGUUCCAAGCCCACGUUGCACUUCAGCCCCAAAGUUUCUCAUUCCACCAGUCAGUCCAUGUCUAUCAUGACAAACUCGAUGACCAAGACGGAGCAGCAUCAACAGUCACCAUCGCCGAGCCAGAACCAGGCACAUUCAGCUCUCCAUUUCCAGAACCAACAGAUCUCAACGUCGAGUGCCGUCUGUUUACAACCCAAGUCGGUUUCUGCUGGACUGCCAUUCAGAAUGCCUCAACAGCAACAGGCUGUUCCUGCUGGUCCUAGGAUGCCCACCAGUGGAAGCUUAGGAGGCCUACCAGCCCCAUCACAACCGCAGCCGUCAGCGCCUAGCAACCAGCAGAAAGGCCCGGCCAGAGGCCCACCCAUUCAGAGACAGGUUAACCUGCAGCAGCAUUCCAUCAGCAACACAGAUAAAGAUAACACACAUGAUCAGUUCAGUCGACAUCUCACGAGACCACCUCCGGAUUACAAGCAGUCGAGAAGCUUGGUGGGGAUUCAGCAAGCAAAUAUCUUUCCAGGUCAGAACCCUGCACAGUCUCCCAGCAACGGUCCUGACAAUAACCUGCAGUCCAUAUCUUGCCAACUCUCAAGCGGGCCUACUUCAAAGAUGAGCCCCUUACCAUCGGAUCGCAGAUUCGGUAUCAGGCCAGACUGCCAUCCAAGUUCCUGUAUCGGCCAGUUCCAGCAGCAAAACAGUCACGGUCGUAUAGGACUGAGUCAAAGUAAACCGAGGUUCCUGGCACCAAGCACACAGGGGAAAUCCUUUGGGAUGAACAAUGUAGCAGGUGUGCAACAUCAGAGGGCAACAGCUGACUUGCAUUCCUCCAGGGUGCCAGUACAGAAUCUAGGAGGCUCGAUGACAAAUGUCAGUCUGAGCUGGGGGUCAGCCAACAAGCAAGUGGCAGCUGGACUUCGGCGUCUGCCCAACCCGCUGCAGUUGCAGGGUGUGCAAGACCUGCCGAAUCACCCGUACCAGCAGAGGCACAUCGGACCGCCCAACCAGGUAGCACCAGACGCCGGGAUGCCAUCCCUAGGAGACGCAGGCCAAGCCAGACCGAGUCAGGCCAUGAUGGGCUGUCCAUCCCCUCUGGGAAACCUGAGCCACGCCUCUCCUGAACAAAGGGUGCCGGCAGCCAGCUUUCCAGAUGCCAGUCCCAGUUCAAGCAGCUACCAGAACAACAGAUCCAACCGUCUGACCUUUGACUUCCUCCCGGAAGGGGACAACACAGUCCCUGGAAUCAAUGCAGACUCAGACUUCAUUGACUCCCUGCUUAAGUCGGGCUCUGGAAACGACGACUGGAUGAAAGAUAUAAACCUGGACGAGAUUCUGGGAAGUCACUCGUAAGUUUAGAUUACAGACUGCAGAAAAUGUACCUGCAUCUCAAAUGAUAGAGUUUAUAUCUGUAAUGUAGAAGGGUUACAAUUUGUAAGUAUUGUUCAAAAAAAUUUUAUAAAUCCAAAUUAAUUGUUAUUCAUGUAAACAGAUUUUCUUGGUUUUGUAUUUACUGUGAAAUAAAUGUAUGUUUGUGUUCGCAGUACAUAUCUGUCUCCGGUAUAUUCCCCCAAGAAACUGCUUUCCUGUUUUUGUUUUUGUGGACUGUAUUUCAUGCAUUAGUGCUGUUAUAACAUCAAAAAAUACACACUGUGAAAAGGAAGUUACUUCUAAAGUCACUUGGCUCUGAGUUUCUUACCCCACAUUUAGCAUGUUCUAGUAUUUACCACACUGAAUUUUCCAAAACAAACGUUUUCUUUUAUUGUUCGGCCAUUUUCAUCUGUGGUAGUUUAAAAUGCUGUUUUAAAUAAUGUAACCCUUAUUUUUCUCAUGUGAUAUUUAAUACUCGGAAUAGUAAUUAGGGAAUAUAAUACAUGUAAGUAAUAAAAUUUAUUUGAAUAAAA